CAUUUCUUGCAUUCCUUCCCCCAUUUGCAUUCCGCUGGUUUCAUCCCCCGUGCUUUCCGUUCAUCAUACUUUCAUGCAGAGUUGCCUCUUCCCUUGGCCCCCCACGUCCUCCCGUUCUUCUCGGAUUUCCCCUCUCGUCGUCUCCGUCAUAGUCCAUGGCGGCUACAGCUGUCGCAUUCGCGCAAGCAUCAACGAGCCUUUCCUCUAGUAGAUCCCUGGGGACCAGCUUCGUAACCGGAACCGCCUCCUGCCGAGCUAGUCUAGCGCCGUCUCGCCUCCCUCAGAGCUCAUGUCAAUCGAACCAACCGAAGGGCGUUAUGGGAACGCCGGAGAGACGGGCUCAACAGCGCGGCGGCGCCAUGACUGCUCAAGCCUUCGUUGACUGGACGGCCGUUCCCGCGUGGCUUGUAAAGGUGCUGGCAGAACGCGUGUACCCAUCCAACCCCUGCGGGCCGGGCAAAUAUCUGGACCCCAACGCGCAGGCGUGUGUGUACAUCUGCAAGCCCGGGUACUCGUACGACUACGACACCAAGUCGUGCGUGCGCAUCAUGCCCGCCUGCGGGGAGGGCUACGUGCUCAAGGGCGGGCGGUGCGUCCCUGACCAUGAGUGCGACCAGGGGUACUCGUACGACGCCUCGCUGGACGCGUGUGUGCUCCCUCAGGGUUCUUUCCAUGAGCCCAAGCGAACUUGGUGGCAGCAGGGGGUGGCUUGGGCAGCCGGAAAAGUUUUGAAGGCGGAUGACAACAGCUGCCCUGCAGGGUUUUACUAUGACCCCAAUACGACGGCGUGCGUGCCAGUGUGUGCUCCGGGAUUUAUGUAUGACCGUGAGCUGAAGAAGUGUGUUCCUUCUGAUGACAGUGUAGAUCCAUUUGUAUAGUAUGUGUUAUGUGCUAUGCUAAUUAUUUAUACAGGCACAUGGGACAUGCUGGCUGCAUUAUUGUUUGUGCAAUUGUAGGCAUAUUGCAUAUUGCAAGGUGUAUGUACAUGGAACAAUAAUUGUCAAGCUUUAUUGUAAUCAC